AUGGUUUUCGUUUUCGAAGUGAGCCUUGAGUAUCGGUCGUUCUUCGCCCCCACGAGCUCAGAGUCUGUCGCCGAGAUACCGAAACUUGCCUGCGCCCUCAAUCGCACCGACAUCAGCUCUGUCCCGGCACUUCGAAAUCACAGAUCAGGACGCAAUAUGAUACCAGGAUUGCACAAGAAAUUCACUUGGGGCCCGUCAAGGACGAACACAAACGAUGCAGCCCAACAAGGCAGCGCAAAUUCGGCGACCCCCCAGCAGCUCCAAAGAUCUCAGACCAUGCCGAAACCUCCCAGCGGCUGGGUCCCGGAGCAAGUAAUGGCAUACAACCUGCGAUGGGACAAGCUACGAGAAUGGCUGAUGAAGCGCUUCGAAAACGAUAUCGACAUCAGCGCGAUAGGUGGUGGCUUUAGCGAGAAAAAGACAUUGAAGCAUUUGAGAGGCGAUCGCUAUUACUUCCACACGCCUCAGCGCCUUACAAAGGUCAGUGAAUUCUAUGCUCCAUUACGAUACAUUGUGGUGGCAAGCCUUACUACGUGGCAUUCUGACGUCGAGUAG